AUGUCACCAACAACUGGGCCGUUGCCCGACAACAAGAAGCUCGCCGAAGAGCAAAUCGCCAUGAAAAAGCUCGACUCAAUCACACCGGGCGAAAUCGUCGAGCUUGACGCUACAGAAACCUUUCUUCGUCAUCAUAACUUCACAAACGAAUACAUCGGCGAAUUAUUGACCGAUACGGAGCUCAACAAGAAGCUCAUCCGAAAAAUCAAGAACUUUCCCGUCUGGAAGGCUGUGUUCAUGACCUGUGGAGGCAUGAUGGUCGUCUGGGGCUUCGUUCUACUGUUCUUCCUCCCCGAUAGCAUUAUGUCAGCUCGCCAUUUCACCCUCGAAGAAUGGGCCCUUCUCAUCGGCCGUGGCCGUCUCGCUCGAACUGGUGUCCUGAACAAGACCAUCAAGUGGAACCAGAUCCGGGAGGCGUUCAUCGACCCUCAAGUCUGGCUUCUUGUCUUGUUCAUGCUCCUCAACGAAACUAUCAAUGGAGGCAUCGCCAACUUCGGCAAGCUCAUCAUCAAGGGCGUUGUCAAGGAUCCUCUUGAGACAGUCGCUCUUGGUAUUCCCAUGGGCGCAUUCCAAGUCAUGUACAUUCUAUCGGGCACCUUCCUGGCUUCGCGCGUGAAGAACUGCCGCACCAUUAUCAUGGUUGUCUACCUUAUCCCCACCAUCAUUGGAGUUUGUCUACUCUGGAAGCUUGAUCGUGAAAAUCACAAGAUCGGUGUGCUUUUUGGUUAUUACAUUAUCGGUGCCUUUGUUUGUUCCUUGGUCCUCGCGAUGCAGAUGCCCGCUAGCAAUCUCGGCGGCUACACCAAGCGUAUCACUGCUUCUGCAAUGAUGGUUGUCGCGAUUAUGCUUCGAGUACUCUUGUCCAGACGAAAUGCACGACGAGAUGCCGCGGCUGCGGCUGUUGGGACGAAUAAUGAGGAUGCCUCUGAAGUGGAUGGAGCUGACUUGACAGAUUUCGAGAACCCUCACUUCCGCUACGUGCUGUAG